AGAGUGAUGCCCGUCCCAGUCUUUCAGUCGUUGGCUUCUGCUUCACAAGGUGACAUCUCCAAAGUUUGGGAGUGUUUAUCUCGAGAACCGCUAGUGAUCUACCCGUGAAUUGAGAAGAGCUACGACCAAGGACAUUUUACUGUAACAACAUGAAACUGAUCAUUUUGAGUGUUCUGUUGGUGGGCAGUCAAGUCUGGGCGGAAUCAAACCCGGAUUCUUCGGCAGAUGCCGAUUCGGCCCCAGACGCGCAAUACACCAACUUGCUGUCCCACGCCGUUAACGCCUACGCAUCCGCUGACGAGUUAAUCAACUCACCGGUCAACACCCAAUAUCAUGCCCAAUCUGAGCUUGGGGAGUAUUCCUACGGUUUCGACAACCCCUUGUCCUCCAAGCAAGAGGUCAAAACCGCUGAUGGCGUCGUUCAAGGAAGCUACUCUUACGCCUCACCCGACGGUCGCUUGAUCACGAACAACUACAUAUCUGAUGAUUACGGUUUCCGUUCAUCAUUGGCACCUUCCAACGGCGAAGACAACGGUUACGGACCCGGCCUUCUCGAUUUGCCUGACUCUCCCGUGGGCUACUCUCCCAUUGCCGACAUUGCCCCUGAAAUUGUGGCCGCCUACGACCAACCCCAAAGAUACGCUCCAGCCCAACCGGCACUGCGCGUCCACCCAGCCGUGCCCGAUCACGUGAGCGUCACUAGUCCUGGUUUUGAAGAGCAGCCCCAUAUCCCUGUGGGACCUGAUAACUACGGCCCCGUGGCCCACGAGGCUUUGCCCUCGGGGUACGCUGGAAGCCCUCAAGCUUUGCCCCAAUUGCCCACCGGAACCCUUCACUACAGCGCUCACAUCGAGCCAGUGGCACCGGUUGUGUCCAAGUCAGCCUACAGUGGCUAUCCGUUCUCCCGAAACACCUACCGACGUACUUUCCCCAAUCAGGGUUACCAAUACCACCGCAGCCACCCAUUCCGACAACACGGAUACUCCAGGCCGUCUUACUACUCUGGCAAUGGCUACAAUAACUACAACGGAUACUCAUCCAGAUAUUACCACUGAUCUACCAAGUUUCCAAAUGCCAUUUCCAUGUGCCUUACUUGAUUGAUUAGUCUACCGUGCAGAGUACUCGGAAUGAAUCAAAAUAUACAAACUUUAGCACUGUCCAUUUAA